AUGGAGGACCAGAUCGCGGCGCUGCGAGACACAUUCGGGGAUUGUAAACCGCCCGAGAUCAGCAGGAAAAUCACAGCCUGCGUUGCUUGUCGGAAGCAGAAGAUUAAAUGUCAUAUGAAAGCAGAUGGCCAGCCGCCGUGUACGCGGUGCGCCAAACGGGGCCUGCCCUGUACCGUCAAUCGCAGCCUACAGAUGCUGCUGGAGGACGACAUUACAUGGAAGCACGGAAUUACAGAGAAGAUCCGAAGGCUAGAGGGCGUCACGAAUGAGCUUAUGGCUCGAGUGCCUGGGUCUAUCCAGCCUGCACAGCCCAAAGAGCAAAGACCAGAGCAUACAGAAGUUGCUGAAGGCACUGAUGGUAAUGAAGAGCAGACCUGGGAAGUCGAUCCGAAAUGCGAACCAGCCUCUAUCCCAGCAUCGUGCAUCUCAGAAAUGAGCAACCCCAGUCUGCGCGAAGCCCCAGCCUCGCCAGCGAACCUGAUCUCCAGGGGUAUCUUGACGCGACACGAAGCAGAAGAACUCUUCCAGAGAUACCAUGAGCGCCUCGACCACCUUCUCUAUCGUAUCCUCGGAGACCAUCAAAGCCUAGAAACGGUUUUAGCCAGUUCCCCCCUCUUAACAGCCGCCAUCUGCACCGUCGCUGCGCUGCACUCGCAGACAUUCGGCCAUCUGUUCGACAAGUGCUAUCGCGAGUUCAAGCAGCUGGUGGGCGCAACCACAUUCUCACGAACCCAUAAUAUAGACGACGUCCGGGGGCUUUGCAUCGGCGCAUUCUGGCUGCACGAGCUAUCCUGGUCCUUAGCAGGCACUGCCGUCCGAAUCGCCCUCGAAAUAAAACUAAACCACAGCAUCUACCAAGCCCUAAAAGGCGUCCGCUCCGCAUACAUGCAAACACGGCUCUACUACCUCGUCUACGUCUGCGACCACCACUGCUCCGUGCUGUACGGCCGCCCACCCAUGUCCCGCGACUGCGACAGCAUCAAAGCAGCAACGCCCUUCCUCGAAACCGAACACGCAACCGAAGACGACGUGCGGCUCGUCUCGCAGGUGAAGAUCUGGCUCAUCUCCGCAUCUGUCUUCGAUACUUUCGGCGUGGACGUCGAAACGCCAGUCCCGCCGUCGAAACUCGCCCAGCUGCGCCGCUUCUCGAUCGCGCUGGAUACCUGGUACGCGGACUGGAGUGAUAGCUUUGGCCCGAAUGCGCGGGUUGGGAAUUACCCAGCGAAAGGCGUAGGGCUGCACUUCCACUUUGCGAAGCUGUAUCUAUGCUCGCAUGCGUUUCGGGGUGCGCAAUCCUCGCCUGACCCGAGGCGGCGAUUCUCAAGUUCUGAGAUGGAAGAGGUUGCAAACACAGCUGUGCUCUGUGCGGCGUCGAUAUUGGGCGUUAUGACAGCUGAUACAGAAUUGCAGUCUCUGUUGAACGGGCUGCCGCUGUGCUUUGAUACGAUGAUUGCCUUUGCGGUUGUCUUUCUGCUGAAGGUUGCCACGGAGUAUACGGACGCUGUUACCAUGGAUAAAGGGAAGAUGCUCUCUCUUGUGGAUCAGACAAUUGCCAUGCUGCAGCGGACGACGAGCAAGAUGCAUAGACAGCAUCUGCUUGUACGGAUUGGGUGUGGAGUGCAGAGGCUGCGUAGCAAGUUUGAGAGCAGCAGCAGCAAUAAUAACGUAUCUGCUCGUCAUGAGGUUCCGGUAUUCGGGACGCCGCAGACUUCGCCUGUGGAUCUGUUCCAGGGAGAUAUUGAGUGGAUGCAGAAUAUGAGUGACUUUGACUUGUUUAAUCUCCAGGCGCCUCUUUCGGGGCUUGGGGAGUGGCCGCUGGAUGGGGAGUUUCACGCCUUGUGA